CAGCACAGCAUACGGAGUCAUGGUCAUGACACUCUGUCGGACUGAUGACGGAAGGAAAUCAACUUAGUUAAUUGAAGAAACAGAAAGAAUGGGCCACUGCUGCAGUUGGGUGGUUGUGGAUUCUGAAUAUUCUUGCUUUGGCAGUCAAGUUUGGUUAGAAACUUGGCUUAGGGUUGAGAAAACCGGCAGUUACUGAUCAAGACGACUUCCAUGAAUUUUCUUUCGCACCCGUCAGCUUAUAAUGGAUGGCCAAUCAAUAAUGUCUUAUUCUACACUAUAUACAACCGUUUUGAGCUGCACGCCACUAUUAAACUCUCAUUCUGCCAUGGCACAGCAAGAGCAGGACCUUGCCUCCGUUGCUGCUGCACGCGAAAUUCUCAAGGAAAGCUUGGACAAAUCAUGGGAUUUAGACUUCGCCAUCAGAGAAACGGGCUCGAGAUUAGACCAGAGCGAGCAGCGAUUGGCAUCACUCCGAUCCGCCAUUGGAAAUGUGGCUUCUAAAUGCGCUCUUUAUGACGUCAGGGGCCAUGUUGACCGUGCUCUUGGCCCUGCUGCUGCUGUUUUAAGGAUCUUUGACGUUGUUCAUGAGCUCGAGACUUCGCUCAUCUCAGCCGAUCCUUCUUCUGAUUUGCGUAGUUAUCUCAUCAACGUUCAGCGGAUGGAGGAAGCAGUCAAGCUCCUCAGAGAUAGUUGCAAGUUGGUCACUCUUUGGCUAGAAGAUGCAGUGCAGUUUCUUCAAGACAAAGGCAUUGAAGGAGAUUUGUACUUUCUUAAGUUCAAGAAAUCCUUGAUGAUACUUCAACAGUUGCAGGAAGUUGAGGAAAAUUUUGGUCUCAAUGGAGGGCUUCUAAUGGAUGCUUUCAAGCAGCUUGAAAAUGAAUUCAGACGCCUUGUGACUGACAACAGCUUUCCUCCUCCCCGGCCCGACGAGCUAGAAGUGAGUCCAAUUCCUCCUCCACUAUCUUUCCCUGACUCUGACAUAGAGAAGAUGCAGACCAUCAUGGAGAGGUUAACUGCGAGCAAUCGUCUUGACAGGUGCCUGUCCAUCUACAUCGAGGUUCGGACUUCAAUAGUUACGACAGCAUUACAGGCACUGGAUCUUAGUUACCUUGAACUAUCAUUGUCUGAAUUUGAUAGUGUGCAAAACUUAGAAGGCUGCAUAGACCAAUGGGUUAAGCACCUGCAAUUUGCCGUCAAAUAUCUAUUUGAGAUGGAAUACAGGCUUUGCCAUGAAGUCUUCCAAAAAGCUGGAUCUGAUGUCUGUAUGGAAUGCUUUGCAAAGAUUGUUCUUCGAUCCGGAUUUCAGAAUUUCAUCAAGUUCGCCAACUCAAUCACACGAAGUAAGAAGGAAGCGAUCAAGCUUUUGAAGCUCUUGGACAUCUUUGCAGCAUUGGAUGAGCUGAGACUAAAUUUUAACAGACUCUUCAGUGGAAAAUCCUGUUUUGAUAUUCAAACUCAGACCAGAGACCUCAUUAAAGGAGUCGUUGAUGGGGCUUGUGAACUUUUCUGGGAGCUUUCUAUUCAAGUGGAGUCACAAAGGUCAUACAAUCCACCAAGUGAUGGCAGCGUCCCAAGGCUGGGACUUCUCUCAGGCCAGGUCCAACGCAUACUUGAGGCACUUGAGCUCAACUUGCAAACUUGGGCAAAAGCGUUCGAGGACACCAAUCUGUCCCACUUUUUCAGGAUGAACAAUUAUUGGUAUUUUUGCAAGAAUGUUGAGGGAACAAAGCUUGGUGACCUCAUGGGACACGAUUGGUUGAGGGCUUAUGAGGACGACAUGGAGUACUAUGCAGCAACAUAUGUCAGUGAGAGCUGGGGAAAACUUCCAGCACUAAUAAGCGAGGAGGACUUGGUUUUGUUCCCAGGUGGAAGAGCAAUCAAUCAUAAUCUGGUACAAAAGAGAAUUGAGGAAUUCUGCAAUGCUUUUGAAGACAUGUAUAAACAGCAAUCCUACUGGGUGUUGUCUGAUAGAGGGCUGAGACUGAGGACAUGCCAGCUUAUAAUGCAGAGUGUUUUUCCUUCUUACAAAAGCUACAUACAGAAAUACAUGCCCCUGAUCGAAUAUGAAGAAGACACCAGUAAGUACGUGAAGUACACCCCUGCAAUCUUGGAGAAUAUGAUCAAUUCUCUAUUUCAGUCGAAAGUGGGGAAAUAUGGCAGCACCAAAUGCACACAUCUUGCCACUAAGAUUAAGAAUGCUGUCACAACUCACCUUCCCUCAACUCCUGCAGCUGCAUGAUCGUGUCAAGAGUUUGAUGAUCCUCGGCGACCAAUUACUUCAUCAUAUAUAGAGUUAAGUCUAUCCUACAUAGUUAUGCGUUACGGAGUUUCCAGGAUGCAUACAAAGUAAAGCAAUAUUGGGAUCAAGCGAAGUUUUCACAGCACAAUCUCCCCUUAACCUCUGACCGAUUAGCUGAGGUGUUCUUGUUGCAUAUGAUACAAACAACAUGAUAUUCAUCUAUAACCUCAACCUGUAUAUGUAUAGCUCAUGUAAGACUAAAAUUAUUAAAUUCCCUAUCAUGAGGUCCAGAAUCUUGGGAAAAAAAAAGGGGUUGAUGUACAGCAAUGAUGUUAUAUAGAUAUCAAUUUCUGUGCUAAGCAAGCUAAUAUGAAGCGAUAUAUAUGGAAAUCAGAAAGCCUUCUGAUCAAA